CUUGUGGUCGUACAGCAAUCGCAUUCGACAGAAUCGUACUGGAGGGUUGGAUCGUGAGUGGCGGGCUUAAAACCAUCGAUGCCUAAACAUGUUCUACGUCCGAUGUCUUCGAUACAUCGAUGUAUCGUUGCCAUCCCUAGGCCUCACUGACAUUGACAUUGACAUGUCACGAAGUUGUCAAAACAAAACAACCAAACACCCAAAAAGGGAAAGAACCGAAAAUAUAAUGAAAAAUUUGAGUCUGUGCUUGAAUGGGUUUUGUUAAAUUUUAUUCCAAUAAAUUAGCCGAUACAACUUUGAUGGUCAAACGACCCUAACAUGCCUUUGCAAUUGUUCCUGAUAUAAAUUUAGAACUUUGCAUAUGCAAUUUGCGGUUUUGAACAAUGGUAAUGCACAGAGCUCUUUUCACUUGGUUCAUCUUACUGGUAUUCUUCAUACUGUUAUGCCUUCGGCUAGAAUCCCGGACCCACUGGAACUGGUUCCUCAUAUUUGUCCCCAUGUGGAUAUAUGACCUCAUCCUACUCAUGAACGCUAUUUUUAACGUCUUCAUUCGUUGCAAGCAUGAGACCAUCAGGACCCUGUUCAAGAAUGAAAACAUUCUACUGCUAGUGAUAGUCUUGUUGAAAGUUGCAGCACAAAUUACGCUGUGCCUAAAAUUAGAGUACAAGUUUUUGAAUCUACAAGUUUAUCAUGUACUGAUACCAGUUUGGAUUAUGCUGCCAAUACUGAUCAUUGAUGUUUCUACCACCUUGUUCAGGAAAGAAGAGAGGAGAUAGCAUCCAAUACCAUUGGUGUGUUGGUUUCCAGUUGAUGACAGCUAAUACUAGCACUCCAAUGUUUCAGCUUCGAAUACUUUCAAAUAGUACGCUGUAUAUAAUAUUCUUACUUGAUAUGAUCUCACUAGGACAGACAAAAGGUAUAAUAUAUAAACGCCUGGCUUAAGGAGCUACAUAAAAAUGUGAAUAUUAUUAAUUGUAAAGCUGUGUGAUAUAAUGUUAUAUAUUUUGUAUAAUUAGAAAUUAUAUUUAUUAUUGAGAUUUUUUAAUUAUUAUGCUUUUUGAUGUUGAAUAAAACCAACCUUCUGCGUGAG